UACAAGCUGUUUACACAUUGGCAACAAAAAUGCGAUUAAGAACACUCUAUUCCCAUCUUCUAUUGGCCAGCAGAAAAAAAAACAGAGCACUUCUGCCACAAACUCAUUCAUUGGUUGUGACGAUGUUAAGACAACUAUAUCAGAGCAAUGUUUUGAUAGCACCACAGAGCCACAGCAUUUACAUUUAUUUUAGGGGAAUUAACAUAUGAAUGGCUUGCUUAUAGUCCCCUCAGCAUAUUUAGUUGGAAUAAAAAGAAAAAAAAAAAUAUUUUAACAUAAAAAUGACACUUCAGCUUUAAGGAGCUCAGUGAUUGGGGAGGGUUCUUCAGUGCAGCACGAGUAUGAAGGUGGUUCUGAUGAGGACAGCUCCCGUCAUCUCUGCUGUGCCACAACCGAACUAGCAAGUCCGUUUGAGUGGGACGGGUCAGCGUCAGCAACCGUCCCCGAACCUGCAUGUUUGGCUCGGUCAUGGCCUCACCCCCUCAUAAGUGAGCAUUAUGGAUUAGUGGAGGGGAGGCGACUAUAAAUCCCCACUGUUGUGCUGAUCUGGAUUUAAACGCUGGACAGAUAAAUUAUCUUUUGAGGAUAGCAGGCGUACCGGGACAAUGGACACAAACAUGCGCAAAUUUACGGUGAGAAGAUGGUUUUCCGUCUACCUGCGCAGAAAGUCGCGAUCCAAAAGCUCGAGUUUAUGCAAACUAGAGGACGACAGCAUCUUAAAGGAGUUUGAUAUCAGCAAUCAUGUGAAAGAGGGCUUUGAGAAAGCAGACCCAUCACAGUUCGAGCUGCUCAAGGUGUUGGGUCAGGGCUCCUAUGGAAAGGUGUUCUUGGUGAGAAAAAUCAAAGGUUCAGAUAAAGGACAACUCUAUGCCAUGAAGGUCUUAAAAAAGGCAACACUAAAAGUGCGGGACAGAGUGAGAUCGAAAAUGGAACGAGACAUUCUCGCAGAAGUGAAUCAUCCUUUCAUUGUCAAACUCCACUAUGCAUUUCAGACAGAAGGAAAGUUGUAUCUUAUAUUGGACUUUCUCAGAGGGGGAGAUCUUUUCACGCGCCUCUCCAAAGAGGUAAUGUUUACCGAAGAAGAUGUGAAGUUCUAUUUGGCUGAGCUGGCCUUGGCUUUGGAUCAUCUUCAUAGUCUGGGCAUCAUCUACCGUGAUCUAAAACCAGAGAACAUUCUCCUUGAUGAAGAAGGCCACAUAAAGAUCACAGAUUUUGGCCUGAGCAAAGAGGCAAUUGACCAUGACAAACGAGCGUACUCAUUCUGUGGGACCAUCGAGUACAUGGCCCCAGAGGUGGUCAAUAGACGAGGUCACACUCAAAGUGCUGACUGGUGGUCCUUUGGAGUCUUAAUGUUUGAAAUGCUGACUGGAUCCCUGCCAUUUCAAGGCAAAGACCGCAAAGAGACCAUGGCACUUAUUCUCAAGGCAAAACUGGGCAUGCCGCAGUUCCUUAGUCCUGAAGUCCAGAGUUUAUUGCGGGCUCUCUUCAAAAGAAACCCUUCCAAUAGAUUAGGUGCAGGACCUGAUGGAGUGGAAGAAAUCAAACGCCAUAUAUUUUUCGCAACAAUAGACUGGAAUAAGUUGUACAGACGAGAAAUCAAGCCUCCGUUCAAACCAGCAGUGGGCCGACCAGAGGACACCUUUCAUUUUGAUCCUGAGUUUACAUCCCGCACACCGACAGACUCACCCGGUGUUCCACCCAGCGCUAACGCACACCAGCUCUUCCGCGGCUUCAGCUUUGUGGCCUCUAACCUGGGUCAAGAACAACCUUUGGCCGAAAUCAAGCAAAACUCUGUAAACCCCAUUGUACAGCAGCUUCAUGGCAACAACAUUCAUUUCACUGACGGCUAUGAGUUGAAGGAGGAUAUCGGCAUUGGAGCGUAUUCGGUCUGCAAACGUUGUGUCCACAGAAUCACCAGUGUGGAGUAUGCUGUUAAAAUUAUUGACAGAGCCAAGAAGGACCCGUCUGAAGAAAUCGAGAUUCUCCUGCGAUACGGCCAGCACCCAAACAUCAUUACUCUGAAAGAUGUCUAUGAUGACGGGAAGUUUGUGUAUCUGGUGAUGGAGCUGAUGAGAGGGGGAGAGCUGCUGGACCGGAUCCUGCGGCAGAAGUGCUUCUCAGAACGGGAGGCCUCAGCUGUGCUCUGCACCAUCACCAAGACUGUGGAGUAUCUGCAUUCACAGGGGGUUGUGCAUCGAGACUUGAAACCCAGCAACAUUCUGUAUGUCGAUGAAACGGGUGACCCAGAGUCCAUCAGAAUCUGUGAUUUUGGCUUUGCCAAACAGUUAAGGGCUGAAAAUGGUCUGCUCAUGACACCGUGCUACACCGCAAACUUUGUGGCUCCAGAGGUACUGAAGAAACAGGGAUAUGAUGCCGCCUGUGAUAUCUGGAGUCUGGGAAUCUUACUUUACACCAUGCUGGCAGGUUUCACGCCCUUCGCUAACGGCCCUGACGACACACCAGAGGAGAUCUUGGCUCGCAUUGGCAGUGGGAAAUUUGCCCUCUCAGGAGGCAACUGGGACACAGUGUCUGACGCAGCCAAGGACAUUGUCACUAAAAUGCUACAUGUGGAUCCUCAUCAGCGGCUGACGGCGCCUCUUGUUCUCAGACAUCAGUGGAUAGUGAACCGCGAUGAGUUAUCUCAGAGCCAGCUGAUCAGACAGGACGUGCAACUGGUGAAGGGAGCGAUGGCUGCCACAUACUCCGCUUUGAAUAGAUCACCUCAGGCCCCCAAACUGGAGCCAGUGCUCUCUUCCAGUUUGGCUCAGAGAAGAGGCAUGAAAAGACUAACAUCCACUCGUCUAUAGCACUCCGGCCAGACACGGGAGCGUCUACAGCUUUAAGAAAUGUCAGAACGCCCAGGCUUCGGACAAGGUACCAGACAACCACCAAAGCAUCCGGAGCAGAGUGGAAAAAUUGGAUUGACCAGAAAGUGUCAGAGCUAUCUCCAAAGAGAGACAAAUGAUCUGCCAAGUGACUCUGCUGAUGUGGAGAUUGAUGAGGGCCAGAUGCAAACAUCACAGCUGUCAGUGCACAAAAACAGAUCUUGCGGAUUUUUUGUGUGUUCAACCCUUGUGAACCUUUGGAGUGUAGCAUCAUGGAGUGUUUCCUUUUAAUGGUGCAUAGCAAAGAUCACAGUUAUCUUUCCCAAACUGUGUGCAGUCGGUCGGAAACCGAGUCAUUCAUAAAAGUUGCUACUACUUGCUGCAGACACUUCAAUUAGAGCCAUGUAGAAGUUGGCAGAAGAUGCUUUGGUCUUUCAUGGUGAGAGUGCUGCGCCUUUAAUAUGCCAGCAUUAUUAGCAUCUUUUGAACAUGCAUGCCAAGUACAGUAUGUAUUUUUAUGACAAACAAAUGGUUCUAACAUGCUAAUGAAAGCACAAAGAACAUCUUUCAUGUCAUUUUAGUUUUUGUUUUACUACUUUCUUUAUGUCCCAGUUUAACUUUUUUAUCUUUUUUUUUUUUAGUUUAUUGGUCUUAUGUAAUGCUGAGAAUUUUUUCGAACACAGCUGUGUUUAAUUCGAAUGUUUAUUUUUUUUUUCAUCUUGCGUAUUUGGACCAAAUUGGUUGGUUUGUUUAUUUAUUUACUUAUUUUAUAAAUGUAUUUGUUGAUAUGCACGUUUAUCUAUAUAAUUAUUUAAGUAUUUAUGUGUUUAUUGAAGAUAUCUCAUACAUUUUUAUCUAAUUAUUUUUAAGUGACCUUUAUGCAUAAGCACGAAACCUAAACAAGUGCCACACCUUUGCACUAGAUUGAUUGAACAAUGAUAAAGAAAUAAAAUUUAGAAUAUAAACAUGUGCAUGUAUUUUCACUUUCAUAGAAAUGUACAAAAAAAAAAAGUGUAAAAAUACAGUUCAAACUAGAUUACCAAAAUAAUCUAACAUAUAUUGGAAAGUCUUCAGAUCAAUGAUCUUGAAAACACGUGACAUGCUUUAUGUACUGAGGUCAUCAUCUAUUCCAAUUACAGUUAUCCAUUAUAAUCUUCUGUUAAAUGACGUUAAAGGCAACCUUAACCAGUAUUACAUUAUUCUUCCAUCAGAAGUCAUAACUUGCAGUAACACUUUGUUUCGAUGGUCCACUUCAGACAUUCUACUUACUAUAAUUAACUUUGCAUCUGCAUGUCAACUAGCAGUCAUUAGAAUAUUAGUAGACUGUCUGCUUAAUAUCUGCUAACACUUUAUUUUGAUGGUCCCAACAAACAUUCUACAGACUAUUUGCAACUACAUGUCAACUUAUUCUACUAACCCUAACCUAACAGUAUACUAUAGUCUAGUAAUACUCUAAUGAGAGUUAGUUGACAUACUUGCAAAGUUACUAAUAGUUAGUAGAUCUAAUUUAGACCAUCAAAAUAAAGUGUAACCAACAGGCUAUAUGCAUUAGUUCAUAACCGUGCAUUAGAAAAUCUGCUCUCCACACAUACAUUCUGCUUAAUUAUGAAUAAUCAGACAUUCUAUUCGCAUGCCAUACACAAUUUGUAGCAGCCUCUGAAAGUUUAAUGAUAGCAGUACAGAUGAAAAUAACCUUAAUUUUGUAUGAUAAAAAUUACUCUCUAGAAGACAGUCCACUAUUUUUGUAUCAAUAUGAUCAACACCUUUUCCAAAAUGAAGCUCUGUUAAUCAGAGAAACACAUUCUGGGCUGUGUGAGGUCUUUUAUCUUUACACUUUAUCUUUUGCUGAUGUGGCUUAUUUUUUACAUGUGAAAUGUGAAGUUUUAAAUUUUUGUUUUAUAACAAUACUCAGAAACAGGUUUAUGUCAGUGCAUCAGUGCUUCACAGUUUAUGCUGUGCAUCAGGUGUAGAGACAUACGGUGAUACCUACCAAACAGCAAAAGUAUUAGGAUCUGUCCUUGCUAAAUAAAUAAUUAUACUUUUAUGCUCUGUGUUGGCUUGCAUACCAAAAAAUUAUAAAUAAAAUACAAAAAAAUGUGAUCAAA